AAAUAUACUAAAAUGAUUUGCAUUUUUAGAAAUAUUUACAACUGUUAGAAAUUAGUUAGAAAACAAUAGGCUAAACAUGACUGAUUCUGUGCAUUUACUUUCCAAUAAACAUUUCGAAUUUGUAAUGGCAAUGUUAGGCAGACAAAGGCUUAAUCAGCGGUACUGUGAUGUUACACUGGUAGUUGAAGAUCAAAGUUUCCUAGCACAUCAAGCUAUUCUUGCAGCAAGCAGCAAAUACUUUGACACAAUGUUUUAUAGUCAGAUGAGAGAACAGUUCAAAAAUAAAAUUCAAAUAAAAGAAGUGACAAAAGCUGCAAUGACACAAGUGAUUAACUUUAUUUAUACGAAUCAAGUUUCACUCUCAAGUGACAAUUUUUAUGAGGUUUUACAUGCAGCUUCACUUAUGCAACUAGAAGAUCUUCUGGAACUAAUCAUCAAAUAUCUUCAUGGUGCAAUCACACCCAAAAGUUGUUUGCACUAUCGUCAAAUUGGAAAGUUGUAUUCUCUCCAUGAUCUGGUUGCAAAAUGUGACGAAUGUAUUCAAGAGAAUUUUGAUGAAGUUUCAGUUCAAAAGAAGUUUCUGGAAAUUGAAGUUGACGCAAUGGGAAAAUUUAUGGCUUCAGAUGAACUGAUGGUAAAAUCAGAGGAAGGUGUUUACAAGAUUUUGGUUGCUUGGAUAAAACAUGAUCUUCAAUGCAGAAAAAAAUAUUUUCCAAACUUGUUCAAUCACUUGAGAUUACAAUAUGUAUGUCUUGAUUAUUUGUCCAAAACCAUCAGAAAAGAGGAACUUGUGCGUGAAUUCCUUGUGCGUGAAUUCAAUAUGUUUAUUAAACUUGUUUGUCUCGCUUUAGUUUGCUGUUCCAAGGUUAACAUUUACAACACAGUCAACAAAACAUGGACAUCAGGAAAUAGCAUGAUAGAAGCAGGAGCUUCGUGUGCUGCUGUUUUUGUUGAUGGAAAAAUAUUUGCUUUUGGUAUAUUGAUGUUGGCAUCAUUUAUAGUUAAUGGCGGUUUUGGGGAAAACAAAGCUCCAUUAUUAAGCGCUGAAUUUAUGAACAUUGCUGAUGGAGUUUGGACAAUGUUAAAGACAAACAUUCCUUAUCAACUUGGAGAAGCUACUGCAUGUUGUGUGGGUGACUACAUUGCAAUGUAUGGAAGUUCUACCCCUGGUCAUGUUGCAUUGUACAACAUAAGGAAUGGACAGUGGAAAACCUUUAAGGAGGAGGGUCAGAAUUUAUUUACUGGGAAAGGAUGCUUGAUGGCAACAUAAACAAACAAACUGCAUAUAAUCUGUGUCAACUGUUUUUAAACUAUAUUAACAUUGUCAAUGAUGCUUAAUUAAAAGCUUUUCUGUGAUCCUAA